AUGACAACCAUAUCACCACAAUCAUCACCAUCAUCAAGAAUAAGGAACAAUAUGGAACAACAACAUAUACCCAGUGGGUCUGGUACUAGAUAUGCUAAUCCUCGUCAACAUCAUCAUACAAACUCUAAGAAAAGAGUUGUAACACCUCCUUCAAGACCAUUAUCAUCACAACAAUAUUAUCAAAUGAAUAAAUCACAAGUUCAAAGAUCACCAGAACAAAAUGUUUUUGAAGAUUCAGAACCAAUAAAUAAUCAAAAUAAUCCCAAAUGGAAAAUUUUCAAAUCUUCAGGUAAUAAAAUUUAUGAACAUAAAAAAAAUGGUAGCGAUGAUUCUUUACCAGUUAUGCCAACAAUUGCAAUGGGUUAUGAAAAUUCAAUUCAAAAUCAAUUACAAAGUAGAGGUGAAUUAAGAAUUACAAAUAAUGGUUAUUUUUUCGAAAAAAAUGAAGAACCAAGGUAUAGAUAUGGUCCAGGUCCAGGUACAGGUACAAGUCCUAAUCAAGGUCCUACACCAGGUCCAAGUCCUGGUGGUUAUUUCCCACCACAAGGUUAUCAACAAGGCCCGCCACAAGGUUAUCAAAAUUAUGGAUAUCAAUCACCUCAAUAUUACCAGCAGUAUCAACAAGCACCAAGUUUUUAUACACCACAACCUGAAUAUAAAGAAGCUAUAAGUGCACCAUGGGAAUAUGAGAAAUUUUAUAAUAGAUAUGAAAACCAUUGGAGAGGUUUUGACAUUAGUUCACAACAAGCCCCACAGUCUAUACAACAACAGCCUCCAACACCACCUGAACCUUUAAUACAUCCAGUUUAUGACCCAGAAUUUAGAUCUAAGCCAAGGGAACCAAGGGAACGUGAUGAUGAAUCUGCUCAACGUCAAAAAGUUUUAGAAUCUCCAAAACGUGAUGAAGGAUUUUUAAAACCUGAAGAUACAGUGAAUAGCUCAAACACAAGUAUAAGAUCAGAUGUUAGACCUGUCUUACCCAAAGAUCCAAGUCGAGAAAGUUUUAUAGCAAGAGCUGGUCCUAGUGAUGUUGAUAAUGAAAUUGAGUCUACAAAUGUAUCCAAAACACCAGAAAUCUUGAUUCAGCAACCACAUCAAACAACAACCAUAUCAUCUCAACAACAGGAAUUAUCACAACCUGUAAAGAUUCAAAAAAAGAAGGGUUUUUUGAAAAAGAUGUUUAAUACUAAUGAUUCUAAAAAAAAGAAGAAGAAAGAUAAAAGAUCAAUUACCCCAUCUGAUCAACCUUCAAAUCAACAAUUAGUUGUUCCAAAAAAUUUAGAAUUAACACCAAAUCGUCAACCUCAAUCAUCAUUAUCACAACCUGUUAGUCCAUCAAAUUCAACAUUUUCACAAAAUGAUCUACGAGAUGGUUUCCCAACCCCAUCGCCACAUCGUUCAAUUCAACCAUCAUCAGCAUCACAAUCAACUGUUAGAAGAUCUAAUAGAAAUGAAGAUAUUACAAUAAUGAGUACUUUAUCAAACAUUCCAAUUUUAUCAAAUAUAUUUGAAAGGAUUGAUCAAUCAAAUUUAACACCAAAUUCAAAACUAUUAGUUAAGUUUGCAUUAAUUUUUUGGAUAAUGUAUGAAGUUAAUUCAAUUUUUCAAAUAUUUAGUGAAUAUGUUGAAUUAAUUAGUGGGAUUUUUAAAGUUGAUUCAUGA